AUGAAGGCGCGCAAUACCACGCCAGAAAUGCCUGACUACUUCACCCCAAUGAGCGGAGAAGGCGCUGCCCACGUACGCGGAAGCCAUGGCCGGACAUCCCACAUCCUCCAGACCCCCAAUACCUCCUACUCCCGAAAACGCUCACGGCCUGAGCCCUCCUCGAACCGCUCUACGAACUCAUUCACAACGCCAUACGCCCACUCCGAGAUCUCCAUGCCAUGGAACGACUUUCCGAUGGCCGACUCCUCGAUCGCGCGGUCCACGAAAACCGGAAGCCCUCCGCCGAUGGUAAACACCAAGUAUAUCCUGGCCGGAGGGUUGGAUACACCACUGCUAGCGCAGUCGCGGCAGCUUGACCGCGACGAAUACUUCAGUGCGCAGGCGGAUGUCAACUUUAGGAGCAAGUGGGAUGGCGACAUCGUGAAGGAGAUAAGGGACGUUGCACAGAGCCCGCCGUCCUCACCCAGCGGUUCCGCAGCCCCAGGGCGAGGAUGGGGCAAGUUUAUGUUCGGGAUCGUGGGCGGCGUCGCCGGGAAGGUCUGGCAAUUCUGCAGUAGCGCCGCCUUUAAAGGGUUCCACGCCGGCGGCGGACAGGGAUAUCACCUGUCGCCAGGCAACGACGCGGACCCAGACAUGAACGGCGACGAGUCCCACUGGGAGGAGGAUUCGGGCGCGAUCCGCCGAUUCGAGCGCGAUGCCACCCCGGUCCCUGGCCAAUAUCCCUCAGAAGAUGACGACUACCUCUCCUCCCGUCCCGCGAAACGCCUGCACACCGAUACCAACACCGGCUGGGUCGUCGUCGAGAAAGCACCCGCUCACCACCACCCCUCGCCCUCCCCCUUCUCCUCCACUACCGCCCCUCCCCGCCGCUCCCGCCCCUCCCUCACUCCCAUCUCCCGCCGCAAACCCUCCGCCACGCCCCUCCACGCCCGCCACCCCUCCACGGCCUCCAUCGCACCCCACCGCACUCCAUCUCCCUCCUCCCCUCGCACCCGCCGCAGCGCACAACCCAGCCCCACCCGCCCCGCACAUCCCCGCCCCUCCAGCGCAGCACUCCGCUCCCCCGCCGCCACCCACGUCCGCGCAUCGGGCACCUCGCGGCCCACCUCGCGCUCCGGCCGCGCAUCAUACGCGCCGCCAACGUUCGGCCACGCACGGUCAUUCUCAGGGGACGUGACGCGGGCGCACGAGCUGCGUCUCGACGUGCACCGGGUGGGUGGGGGCGCGGGGUCCGAGGGGGGCAGCCCGACGAACAUAUCCCCGGAGGCGCGGCGGUAUCUGCGGGAGCGAGAGUAUGGGGAGCAGCGGCAGGAGCAGCGGAUGCGGCGGAUGCAACGGCAGAUGGAUGAGAUGUUGAGGCAAGGGAAGGAGGCGUUGGGGAGUCGGGUGGAGGUGGUGUAUCCGGAUGAGAUGGAGGGGGGAUAUGAAGGGGAGAUGGAUGUGGAUUUCGGGUGA